UUGUAAUUAAAUUUUUUGUUUUUCAUGAUUUUAAUUUUGAGGUAUCAUACUUACCGACGAUUGGAAGUUAGGAGGGGAAUGGAUAGGAGCGAAAGGAAUGAAACCUGAAACGAGGUUAGAUAAAUGUUUAUAGCACGUUUUAACACUAACGGAGCGACAUGUAUAAACUCGUGAUCUAGGAAGGUUUUAUUCUCUAAUUUUGCAAAGGCAAUUUUGAUUAAAAAGAACAAAAAAGAUACAAAAUGUCGAGACGACCAGAACAUUUAGCCCCACCCGAAGUGUUUUACGAUGAAUCCGAAGCUCGAAAGUACACGCAAAAUUCUAGAAUGAUAGACAUACAAGAACAAAUGUGUACACGUGCCUUAGAACUUCUUCUGCUACCAGAGGACCAAACAUUUUUACUCUUAGACAUUGGCUGUGGUUCUGGCUUAAGUGGCAGUGUAAUUGAAGAACAUGGACAUGUUUGGAUUGGAAUUGAUAUAUCUCCUGCGAUGCUAGGAGUAGCUUUGGAAAGAGAAGUAGAUGGAGACUUAAUUUUAGGAGACAUGGGUCAAGGAAUACCAUUUAAAGCAGGUACCUUUGAUGGAGCAAUUAGUAUUUCUGCGCUACAGUGGUUAUGCAAUGCUGAUAAAAGUUCUCAUGAUCCAUCAAAACGCCUGUAUAAAUUCUUUUCCACCUUGUUCUCCUGUUUGUCAAGAUCUGCUAGAGCAGUGUUUCAGUUUUAUCCUGAAAACAGUGAACAAAUCCAACUAGUUACAACACAGGCCACAAGAGCAGGAUUUUAUGGCGGUGUAGUUGUAGAUUUUCCAAACAGUACCAAAGCAAAAAAGUAUUUUUUAGUCUUAAUGACCGGUGGACCUGCUGUUCUUCCGCGAGCUUUAGACGUUAACGACGUCGAAACAGCCAUCCCAUAUGCAUCUAGAAGAGAUCAGUUAAGAAAAAUCAGAGGCAAACCUCUGAAGAAGAGCCGAGACUGGAUUCUUGAGAAAAAGGAAAGGAGACGAAAGCAAGGAAAGAAAGUACCGGACGAUACAAAAUAUACCGGAAGAAGAAGAAGAUGUAAAUUUUAACGUCGAUUUAUUCUUAUACAUCUUUAAAUUUUUAAUUGAAAAACAUUUGUUAUUUAAACCGAAUAUUAUUAUAUUUUUCUAAUCGUACACGCGUAUAAAUUACAAUAGAUUGCAUUAUAACUUAAUCAGGAAUCAAGAAUUGGGACAAACUUCUGUGAA